UUUUAAAGUAAGCGUUAUUGGACGACAUACUUUCAGAAACACUACGGUGGAGGACACUUUCCCACAGGUUUCCGCGGUGCUGACUAAAUUAAUUGUACGGCACAGCAAUGAGUAAUUCACACUCUAUGUCUAAAGCUGAGUUGGUAACGGCUCUCUCCGUCACUGCUGGAGCUGCAGCUGUGGGAGUUCUGGUCUACAAAACAUUUUUCUCCAAAGCCAAAUGUGCAAAACCAAAGGUGAACCUAGACCUCCAGAAAGACAACCCCAAAGUGGUGCAUGCGUUUGACAUUGAGGACCUCGGUGAUAAAGCCGUGUACUGUAGAUGUUGGAGGUCUAAAAAGUUCCCAUACUGCGAUGGUGCUCAUGCAAAACACAAUCAGGAGACGGGGGACAAUGUGGGCCCCUUGAUCAUAAAGCGCAAGGACGCAUGAGUGAGAGCGAUCAUACACUCAGGGUUGCCGCUGCUCAUGGAUGCACAGCUGUCUCUGCUCAUUAAAGGUGUGAGAGAGAUUAGUUCUUAUUUGCCUCACGUGCAGCUGAGCUGAUAUUCUUGUUUCUCUGUGUGUGUGGGUGUGUGUAAUACAUGGUCUACUUGGGCCCCUGGUAUGUUGAUCUUCAUGGGCCUGUUGUCUAACCUGUCUUCCAUCAUGUUUCUUGGUGUAGUUUUAUCCAUUUAUCAAAGUUUUUUUUUGUAGUAACCAUGAUUACUGUCAACAGCUGAACACUUGUUUUCUUGUUUAAAAGUACACUAGCAUUUUUAACUGGUAUUCUGAUCUCUCUAGUGAAUACCAGGUUCCUUCCCAGCUGAUGUCUGGAAUGUGUUCUGACUGACAAGCUUAAGACUUGGUUAUAAGUUACAUUAACUGUUGUGAACAAAAGCACUUAAUGGACAGCUUCAUAAAGUAGUUUACAUUUAAGCGCGUGGUAACAAGAAAUAUAUGAAACAAAUUACUGAACUAUGCUUUGUGCUUCCAAGUAUACAUUUAAUCAGACAGAUCUGAUUGUUUAAAACUAAACAAAUGGAAUGUGGUUGUGUCAGUUCUGGUUAGAAUCUCAGUUGAGUUUCACUGAGCAAAGUACAACAAAAUAGAAGCUCAUUUAAACAAAUUCAACCAAAUACCAAAUGAACAUCUUAAUCUGUUUUACCACAAAGUACAAAUCUUAUUUGACAUUUCAGCAUGAAAUAAACUCUGCUUAGAAAAUCUUAUGAGCUUUAAAAAGAUGGGAUUAAGUUCACACAUUAAGCACUGAAGAUGUGAAUACUUACAGACAUGAGAAAUGCCUAAAUCAGAUUUCUUUCCUUGCUGCCUGAUCAGCAUCCUGUGUUUAGACAUGAUACUGAGAUUAGAUAUUUUGAUUUUGAUAUUGGUAUUUUGAUUGUGGUGUAUGUAACUGUAUUGCAAAUCACAGUUUAUCUGGUGUUUCUUGUUCAGAAAGGAUCAGGAAAAAAAAACUUUUAAACAAAGCCUUGGAGGUGUGUUACCUGCCUUUUUAACUAAGCCUAAAAGAUUCUAGCUGGUAAUGCAAUAACUAUACCAACUAAUUGAAUUUGUGUGAUCAAAUGUUGCCAAUUAACCUACACAUGUGACCUUAAGUAGUGCUACUAGUUCAUUAGAAAUGAGUAAAUGUGGAAUACUGUGCAAUCUUAAUGAAAUCUUCGGGGCGAUAUCACUAUGAUAAACACACUGAUGCUUGACUUUUCUCUGACAGAACUGAUUGUAUGUGUGACAGAUUGUGUAAAUGCCUGUGAUUUGCAAGUAAACUCAGUUCAUUUUUUUAAUGAUUUGAAUGGUACCAGAAAUGUAGUAUGUUUCUUUAGCACUACUUUAGCAGAGCCUGUCAUUACUGCACUCAUGCUUCCAUUUCUCCCACAGUUGGUAAGCUAAAUUAAAAAUACCUCCAUAAGACGUUGUUUUUGUUUUUUUUUUUUUUUUUUUCCCUGAAUAAUUGUAUUUGUCAGCAAUAAAUCCAUUAUUUCUGUCUACUACA